AUGACCAGCGUGACCGUGGUAGCUGUGCUUCUCGUUGCCCUGUUCAGAUCCUGCCUUGCGCAGUCUACUGGCAACCAAGAUCGAUGCUGUGCAGCCCUGAAAGCGAGCGCCAUUGGCGACAGAACGGCCUUCCCCGGCAGCAUUACAUACAAGGGAUUUCUCCAUUCCUACUAUGCCAGCAACGCCGAGCUUCAUCCCAACUGUAUUGUCCAGCCUCUCUCGGCACAGGACAUUUCUGUGACCGUCCAGACUCUGACCAACUCGAGUGCUGAGCCCUGUUUCUUCGCCGUCCGCAGCGGCGGCCACGUCGCUGUUACUGGCGCAGCUAAUAUCGAGCAUGGUGUCACUAUCGAUCUCUCAAUGAUGAACGGUACUACGUAUAGCCCUCGCACAGGCACGGCUUCGAUUCAAACUGGAGCUCCCUGGGGCUCGGUGUACGAGACUUUGCUACGUGACAAUGUCACGGUCCCGGGUGGCCGUGUAUCGCCUAUAGGAGCCGGAGGCUUUCUCACGGGUGGCGGAAUUUCCUUCCACGCCGCGCGUGUUGGCAUCAGCUGUGAUAAUGUUCAAGGCUACGAGGUGGUUCUAGCGAGCGGCGAGAUCGUGAACGUGACUCAACACUCGUACCCUGAUCUCUUCAGGGCUCUCAAGGGAGGCUCCAACAAUUUCGGGAUUGUGACCACGUUUGACAUGCCAACUCAGCCUGCAGAAGAUGUUUGGCGUGGUGAUGUUGUCUAUAAUAUCUCCCACACCCGCGAGUUUAUCUCGGCGGCUACAGAAUUUGUCGAUAACAUUGCCACCGACCCCUUCGCUUCCUUCGAGGGAAUCUUUUCGUACAAUUCCACCACGGAUCUGACUUUAAUAGGCAAUAUCUUGGUUUACACAAGGCCAGUUGCGCGGCCUGCAGCUUACCACGCGUUCUACCAGAUCCCUAAUAUCACUGAUAUUUCGAGAUUGACGACGAUCAUGAACAUCACUGAGUAUACAUAUGUAUCUUACCGUAUAGCCGGCCGAACAGGCACCUAUCUCAACCGAGCGGACAUCAUCCAUAAAGCCACCAGGGUCUUGUCCAAGGGAAUCCGCGCAGCCAAGUCCCGAGCGCAGAGCAAGGACUUCAGCGUUAUUCUCGUCGUUCAACCAUGGGUCCCUCUUUUUUGGAAAAACAGCCAAGCCCGAGGAGGGAACGUGCUUGGAUUGGAGCGGUUCGACCAAAACAUGAUCAACAUCGACUGGAGCUACUUCUGGAAUGACAAAGCCGACGAUGGCCUCUUCGAUGACAUAGUUGGAUCUGCACAGGUAGAGAUGGAUGAAUAUGCAAAGUCAACGGGUGCAUAUAAUGAGUUCAUAUACUUACAUUAUGCCGGUCGCACCCAGAACCCGCUGCGUGGGUAUGGACGGGAUAAUGUGGAGUUCAUGCGACAGGUGUCGAGGAAGUAUGAUCCACAAGGUGUGUUUCAGCGUUUGGUUCCGGGGGGUUUCAAGAUCUCCAGCGUAGGAAGCGAUUGA